AUGUUCAUCAAACGCAUCACCAUACAGGGUUUUAAAACCUAUAAAAACACCACAAUCAUAGAUGAUCUCUCUCCGAAUCUCAACGUGGUUAUCGGGCGUAAUGGCCUGGGAAAGUCGAAUUUUUUCUCGGCUAUUAGAUUUGUGUUGUCUGAUGCCUAUAACCACAUGACAAGAGAAGAAAGACAAGGACUUAUUCAUGAAGGAUCCGGUACGGUGAUGUCUGCCUAUGUGGAAGUCGUCUUUGAUAACUCCGACCGACGUUUCCCCAUCCAAAAGGAUGAAGUUUCCAUCCGUAGAACUAUUGGUUUGAAGAAAGACGACUAUUCGAUGGACGGGCGAUCUGCAACACGGUCUGAUAUCAUGAAUCUCUUAGAAAGUGCUGGAUUUUCUAGACUGAACCCGUACUACAUAGUUCCACAGGGUAGAAUCACAUCUUUGACCAACUCGAAAGACUCGGAGCGGCUUCAGCUUUUGAAAGAAGUCAGUGGGGCAAAAAUGUUUGAGGCAAAGCUUCGUGAGUCUAACAAGGAAAUGGCGCACUCUCAAUUUAAGAUGGAACGGAUCGACGACUCAAUGGAAAAGCUCGAGGAGAAGAUCUCAGACCUACAAAUGGAACUGGAUAACUUGAAAGAAUAUCAGCAACUCGAGAAAAACAAGAAAAUCUACGAAUUCAAUAUUUUUGACCGCGAGCUAAAAUCUUUGAACGCACAAAUCGAGGAAAGAGAGGAAGAAUAUGAAACCAUAGUGCUGAAUUCUCGAAAUGAUUUGGUGGAUUUAGAAAAAAGAGAAGAGAUCUGCCAAAAUAUCCAGCUCUCUAUCGAUGAAUUGGCGUCGUCGAUGAAACUAGCAAGUCUAGAGCAAGAGCUGUGUAAAACCGAUGAAAAUCGUGUGUUGGCGUCCCUAGCAGCGAAAAAAGCCGAAGAGGCAGCGCUCGUGAAUCGCCUUGUAUCUCAGAAAACCAUGGCAGGUGAUGAUGCAUUAAAGGUGGAUCAAUUAAGCGAGAAAGUACAAAAAAAUACUCAGCUUCUUACUGAGUCUCACUACCCAAGAUUAGCCGCUUUGAAAGAAAAAGAGGCAGAAGUUGCCGCAGAGAUUACGGAACUUUCAAACACCCAGAGAUUGAUAUUUUCAAAGCAAAGCAGAUUUCUGGAAUUCGCAUCUAAGAGUCAAAGAGACGCAUGGUUACAAACAGAAAUCGGAACUCUCGAAGAGGAUUUAUCCACCAGAGAACAACGCCUCGAGUCUGUAAAGCAAGAUUUGAAAAGUAAUGAGGAGCAACACCUAGAGUGCGUGACACGCCUCGAAGAUUUGCGCAGUACUCUUGACGAUGUUCAAAAUGAGCAAAGUAUCAUGGUGGCAGAAGAAGGUGUUCAUGCUGCUAAAUUGAGAGUUCUGACACUUUUGGAAGAAAAAAAACAACUCUUACGAGAGGAAAUCAAGUUAAUAUCUCUUCGUGACUCGGCAGAACAUGAAUAUGCUAAUGCCAGCCAUAAAGUGGCACAAACCAUGGACCGCUCGCAGGCAAAAGCACUCGAGGCUGUGAAUGCGAUCACCGAAAGACUCAACUUGCAGGAUUCUGUGUUUGGGCCCCUCGUUGAACUCUUCACUACUUCUGAUAAAUACAAAACUGCAAUUGAAGUGGUGGCCGGAAACUCUUUAUUCCAUAUCGUUGUCGAUAACGAUGAGACUGCUCUGAUUCUCAUGAAAGAGUUGAGUCGUGUAAAGGCUGGCAGAAUCACUAUCAUGCCCCUCAAUAGGAUACAUGUCAAUCCUGCUACAUUUCCCGAUCAGGAAGAACACGAAUUCAUCCCACUCAUUAAAAAAAUUAAGCACAAUCAUGAGCUCGUGGGAAAGGCUAUUCAACAAGUUUUUGGCAAGACUAUCAUUUGCAAUAACCUCCAGAAAGGCUCUGAAUUGGCAAGGAAACAUGGGCUUAAUGCGAUCACCUUGGAUGGAGAUCGUGCAAGUACUAAAGGUGUUCUCAGUGGAGGAUUUAGACAGUACAAGCACGCUCGUCUUGAUAGCUUGAAACUUCAGUCAAAGAAAAAAGCUGAGUUAACCAAAUUAAAUCAAGAUUUGAGAGAUUACGAGAUGAGGCUCAAGGACAUGGAAUCAGAUGUUGCUACGGCCACACGUUCACUCGAAUCUAAAACUCAAGAGUUUGAGGAUUUAAAAGCAAGGCUUGAGCCUCAAAGGCUUGAACAUGGUAAGGUUCUCACCAAUAAGCUAUCUUUGGAAAGAGAAAUAAGCACUUUGAAGAAGAUAUACGAGACUAUGCGUCUGGCCAUCUCCAGUCUCAACAGCAAAGUCAAGCAGUUUCGAGAGGAGAUGGCAUCCGAAUUCACCUCGGAUUUGACGGCAGAAGAUUCCAGAAAGCUUGAAGACAUCACUACAAGACUCCCACAAAUUGAGGAAGAAUACAAUCUGAUUGUAACGCAGGUCGUUGUAUUAGAAACUGAAAUCGCGGAAAUUGAGAACAUAUCUUCUAAGUAUGACUCGCAAAUCAAGACCUUGAAGGAGUCAAGCAUGUCUGAAAGCUUGAAGAUAGGAGAAACGAACUCGCGUGUGAUCAAAAAUGAAAUCCUGGCUCUUGAAAUUCAGAUCGAAGAUUUGGGCAAAAAAACACGAGUGGCUGAGCUAAAUCUUGAAAAGAUCGUGAAAGACUCUGAGAAAAAGAAGAAAGAUCUCGAAAAAGCCAAUAAACAACAGGCUGCUCUAUUGUUGAAGAUUGAAAAGGCGUCUAAGAGAGCAGAAAAAAUUCUUGUAAAGAAAGCCAUAUCUGAUAAAAGAAGGGAAGAGUUACAGGAGAAAAUUCGUGCUUUAGGUGGACUACCUGAGGAGGCUUUCGAUAAAACGACUUUCGAGAAUAUCACCCUGGAUGAAAUCUUCCGAAACCUCGAUGUCAUACACAAUGAGCUAAAGAGAUAUGCUCAUAUCAACAAAAAAGCGUUGGAGCAGUACAACACAUUUGCCAAAGAAAGAGAAGACUUGAUUUCCAGAAAGCACGAUUUAGAAAAUUCGAAAGAAUCGAUUGAAAAUUUAGUGCUUUCACUCGAGCAGCAGAAGGACAACGCUAUCAAAAAGAGUUUCUCAGAGGUUUCCAGAAGUUUCUCCGAACUCUUUGAAAAGCUCGUGCCAAGUGGAAAGGGCGAGUUGGUGAUGCGAACCAAGAGCGAUCAGGAUGACGAGCGAGAUAUUGAGUCUAUCGAGAAUUACACUGGUGUUUCGAUUCUUGUCUCAUUCAAUUCAAAGGAAGAUGAACAGCAGCAAAUCGAACAGCUUUCAGGUGGACAAAAAUCUCUAUGCGCAAUCACGCUUAUUCUUGCGAUUCAAAAAUGUGAUCCUGCUCCAUUUUACCUUUUUGAUGAAAUCGAUGCCAACUUGGACACCCAAUACCGAACGGCUGUCGCAGCCAUGGUCCUGAGCUUGGCAUCCAACGCUCAGUUUAUCUGCACGACGUUCCGGCCCGAGAUGCUACAAGUCGCGAACACAUUUUAUGGUGUAUCCUUCGCAAACAAAGUUAGUUCCGUGGCGGAGAUUGAGCAAGAAGAUGCGUUGACAUUUGUUGAAAUCCAACGAUGA